CAUAGAAAAUUUGUCUUUCUUUUAAUUUCAUGAGAGUCUGCACCACUGAUGUUAAAUUUGCUUUUGAAUUCGUCUUUAUCGCGCUAUAUAGCAUUAAAAGCUUUGCUGAUAAGAAUGAAGAUAAGAUUAACUAUACUUAAAGAAACGCUUUUGCUAAAGUCUCCCCUUUGCGCGAUAAAAUUUCGAUAACAAAUGACAGAUUAAACGAAAAGUCUAUAUUUUAAAAGUCUAACGUGAGCACCCGCUGAUAAUAUAAUUUUUAUUUAGUCCAUUAUUUUUGUGCUUCACGAAAGAGGCACGGAUGAGUUCGCGGCCGAUCCAGCCCAACCAGAGCCAAGCAGAGGGUUUGCCGCUCAUCCGAAGGAACCCCAUUGGACCGAAACCUCCAAUACCCUGUGCCAGGAAAGAGGAAGAAACACCGCGAGUCCCGCCUUCACCAGGAUUCCCACAAAUCAGAAAUGGAUCCACAGGAGAGGAAAGAAUGGAAACCUUCUCCGAAUCCUCAUUGGCUUCUGCAGGACCGCCCCCUCCCCUCAUGAAAUUAUUCCCCUCCCUCAAACCUCAAGAAUUCUCCUCUUCUGCCUCCAUGCAACGGAAGAGGGGAAACAGGAAGAAGCCAGUUACCUUCAGCGAGACGAAAACCUUCCUCCAAGCAUACCCCACCCGUCGUCUGUCCGACAGGGAGCUUCAGAGUCUGCUGCCACCCACCUGGUCACCCACCUGCGUCCGAGACUUCCGACUUUACAACGUCGUCAGGGUCCCUUUGCCUCCUGGCUUCGAAUUUAUCGUCCACAAAAUAAACGUGCUUCUCAGCGGAAGUGGACAUAGAGUCAGGGCCAUUACAAAGUUAGAGAAUCCAUACCAGUUCCUGUUAUACCAACUAAAGAUGAUUGAGAACGAGGGGAGUCACGAAAGGGUGCUGUUCCACGGCACCAGCUUCAACAAAAUCGUGUCCAUCGCCACGGACAAUUUUAAUUGGCGCCUGGCGGGAAGCCGCGUCGGCCACCGCCACGGACUCGGCGUCUACUUCUCGACCAACCCCACCUUCUGCCUGAAGUUCGCCUGGCAGGACCGCUGCUUCCUGGUCGCCAGGGUGCAGGUCGGUGCCAUCACCAGGGGCGCCGCUGACACACGCCUGCCAGGUCCGAGCGCGGAUGCCACCGGUGACGGGAGAAAUACGGUCGUUAAGUACCAUGACCAUGAGUUCUACCCUGAUUUUGUCGUACGCUACUGACAUUUAGAACAAAUAAAACUAAAGACUGUUACUCUCUUUUAAU